UGUCAUUUCGGAUUGGAAGUGCGGUGGAUGUGUUGUGUUUUUGUUUUCUGAAAAGUAUGUCGUAAAAUGUUAGAUAAAUAUAUUUAUUUAUUUUCUUUACAACGAACGAAUUAUGUAUAUUAUUUUAAAGUGGUUGUGUGCAAAUGAAGUGACGUAAUUAUAAUAUUAAAAGUAGAUAAAAAUGGCGAAAUACUACAUUGCAGCAUUAUUGUUUCGUGUGGUACUGCCAGCAGGUCUGCUGUUAAGUAUAGCACUACGACCUUUCGGCCUCUCCGUCAUAUACCUGCUCCUCUACUUAUUAGCACCAUUAGUCAUAGUUCCGGAUACACAGACGUUCAGUGGAGGAUGUCGAACUUAUCUUCUUCUUACUUUGAUAUUAUCAUUCUUGUUGCUAUUAACACACGCAGCAUGGCACAGCGUGCUUGCGGCAUUUGCGCCCUAUGGUUCUCUACUAAAAGAUUACCCUAUCAUCCAAAAAAUUGGCCAUAACUUGGGUCUUGUCUCCUAUGCAGGGAUAGAUCCACAGAUGGCUGUGCAUUACUUAGCCCCGGAGCUAGUCAUGAGUGGGGUGUCUCUUUUGGUAUAUUUGUUGGUGAAAAAGUUGUUGACACGCAAUGAAACGGGUCUCCACAAAAAGGAUUCAAAACAUCAACGAUAUCCUUUGCUUACUAGCGCCGGCAAGUAUGUGUGUUUGUUUCUCAUAAUGUUCUCCGGUAUAAUGCGGCCAAGUAUUUCUUCCGGAAUCUACUUCUUGGUGUUCAUGGGAGCUGCUACUGCGUGGGCAGUAGGACGACCUCUGGAGAAGGGUUUUGCGGUCGUCAGUCGUUGCGUCAUGGCUAUUAUGGCAGUACACAUAGCAAUAUUGGUGGCAUAUCAGUGCUCGUGGCUUAUUGAAAUAUACCCCCCUGAAAUGGAUUUUGCUAGGUAUUUUGGACUAACAAAACUAGUAUCGAUUAAUGAAACAACGCCGACUUCUUUUACCUAUGAGGUGACAAGGGAUCAGUGGGCUACUAUAGCAAGCCCUUUAGUCAUUUUGCUCACCUAUUUUAUAUUGGCCAUUGAAACACGAGAAUUAUUUAAACCUAAGGUUGCAUAUACAUACAUAAAUUCCAAAGCACUCCGUGGGAACGCCAGUGAGACUACCCCUCUGAUAAAGAGCAUGAGUCCGAGUAAGCGGUGGUCGAGCAUACGUUCGGGAUCGCAAUCGAAGCAGCUACACCAAGAUUCUACCGGAUCUGUAGUCAUACCCGAUGAAGAAUCUGCUAUUGAAGGAGAAAACACUCUACUGGAUGAUAUUGUUGCUGCUAUUGUGGAUUUCUUCCAGGUUUUGGUUAGGUCAUCUUAUAUAGCGACAACAAUCACUAUGAUGGCAUGGAGUAUAAUGUUCCAUUCGUGGCUCACAUUCGUGUUCUUGAUGUGGGCAAACAUAGUGUGGCUGUGCCAAGAUCAACGCUCGUUCAUGCUAAAGACCAGUCCUGUCCUCGUCUGUUAUGCGAUGUUGCUACUACUCACACAGUACAUUUACGGGAUGAACUUAUUAGAGACGGAGCUACCGUCUAAUAUUACGGAAGUGAACCUACGUCAGAUAGGCGUUGGCAGGUCGGAGGGUGAGCCUUGCGUGCCGCUGCUGAUCAAGUCUCUGUUCACCUGCAUGUUCUGGGUGACGCUCCGGCAACGUGUGCAAGAGAUCCGUCAGCGGCGUCAGUCCGCCGUCAUCACGGACAUGGCCGCGCCUCUACAGCUCACUGUGUCGGCUGCGGCUAGCGGUGAGUACGAUACGCAAUUAGGGGCCAUCCAUAAAUUACGUCACACGUUACAAUAUUUUAACGUUUAAUACACGUUUAAUAUGACAAACGGCUCCUUAGCUGCAAUUUUUACAGCUGUGUUGAACAAAAUAAUAGAAGCUCAACGCGAAGAAGAGAGUCGUUCUCGUCUCCUUCGCAUAUUAGGGGAGUGGUUGCGGGCAGCCUGCGCACGAUAUUGGAUCUACGUGGUUGUAAUCAUGCUAUUCGUGAUCGGAGUCACUGGCGAUCGCAUGACCAUAUUCCGUAUCAUAUACAUGUUCCUGUUUCUCAUCUUUAUACUCAUGUUCCAAAUAAGUUACUAUUGGUGGCGAAAGUUAAUGUACAUGUUUUGGAUCAUCGUCAUUAUCUACUCUAUGGUCAAUCUUAUACUCAUAUACAUAUACCAGUUCGAUAAUUUCUCUAAAACAAUAGAGACGUAUUUGCUAAUCAACGAAAGGCUACAACAUGAUUUAGGAUUAGAACCGUAUCAUCCAGCGGAUUUGUUUGUAAAGUUGUUGACUCCUACACUGUUUUUAAUUAUCACCAUUAUGCAAGUACAUUACUUCCACAAAGACUUUAUGGCGCUAUCGGAUUUGAAGACAAGUCAGGCUGGCGCUUCCACUAUAAAAGAUGACGUGCCUCAAUUACCUCUCGAGGAGGAAAAAGCUGCAUCAGACGGUGAUGAUAAAAGCUUGACUGAGGCGGAACAUUCCAUUGAAGUAUCUUCUUUGCGUACGCGAUCUAAACGAUCAAUACACAGAAAACCAUCUCGAACUCGUUCGUACGCGCCUACGUUGACCGAGCGUCCAUCGACCGGUUUCCGCGAGGUGGCGCUACGAGCGCUCGUCGAGUUGCGAAAUCGCGCCACACAAUUCGCCGAUAAAAUGUUCAUUUACCUCGAUAUACACCUCGUCAAGAUUAUCUUCGUGGCUCUCAUGCUAUUAUGCUUGCUCAAUGUAUGCGCGAUGCACGUUCCAAUUAUGGUUGUUAUAGCGCCAGCGCUGUGGCUCAGUUCGCGACGACAGCGAAUUUGUAUCCUCCUGAUUUCCAUCCUCAUCAGUAUUUACCUGAUGGCAAAGAUGGUCUACCAAAUAGACUACAUCAAACACUCUACUUUCGAAAUUCAAUGCGCCGCUCAAGAUAAUGAUAACAACACCAUGAAUUUCACUACAUACAAUAACGCCGAAUGGCUGGGAUUCCACAAAGCUUCUAGAGUAAAACCGCUGGUCGUCUUACUGGAAGGAUAUAUUGCCCUCAUUGCCGUGUUUACCUUCCACUCCCUAGUAACUUAUAGACAGCAGAAUUUGAGAGAAUUAGGACAAUCCGUUAAGGACAAUGAUAAAAUAAUGUUCCCAGACAUCACACGUAAAGAGGCCGACGUAGAUAUUAUACACUGCGCUAAAUAUUUCAUUAAUUAUGGAUUUUAUAAAUUCGGUGUUGAGAUAACCCUGAUUUGCCUGAUCGGUGUGAUCGGUUCUCGCAUGGACGUGUACGCGGUUAUUUACUCUGGCUGGCUACUCGCGUUGGUAUCCGUACGGCGAGCGCGGCAGGCACGUGUGUGGCCCGCCUUUACCGCGUGCGUGACCGUUCUCGUGCCGCUCCAAUACAUGCUCGCCGUCGGCUUCCUGCCUCAGUUGUGCGUCGCUUAUCCUUGGUCCGGCGAUGAACAGCAAAUGAAACAUGUCCGCACAUGGUUGUUCUUGCCUUACCUCGACGAGCCACCUCACGCGUUGAAGCUGGUAUUCGAUUACUUUUUACUGGUAUUCGCGACGAGACAACUGCGUGUCUUCCGUAUAGAGAAGACAUACGGUGAUAACUACGCAGGUGGAUCUAACAGCGAAGAUAUAGGAAAAGAUUGGGAGACGCCUAAUUUCGUUAACCCAGUGCCAGACUUCUUGAGCUAUGUUGGAACGUGGUUGGAUGUCGUCAAACGCAUCGUGUUCUUGGGAAUGCUGUGGGUGUCUCUGGCUAUAAUGUUCAUGACGGGUACAAACCGUGUCAACCUAUUCUCUAUGGGAUACCUAAUAGGCUCUUUCAUAUUUCUAUGGCAAGGAACUGACUUUUAUCUACGACCGAAAGACGCUAUUUUACAAUGGUGGACAUGGUUGUUGCGUUACAACGUAUCCGUGGUGGUGGUGAAGGCGUUACUUCAGAUACCGGGCUGUAUAUUCAGCUCGCUGAUGCAGGAACACGCCUGCUGGAUAGUGCAACUCCUCGGCAUUGGUUGUGUCGAUAAGUUCGCUGGCGGGAACAUAGCGAGGUUCAUCCGCAUGAACUAUGUCAAGGAGGCUACAUGUUCAGUACCACAAGAAGAUAUAGGCCUCGCCUGGGACGGAGUUUGCUUUGCCUUUCUCAUCUUGCAACGGAGAUUAUUUUACAGUUACUAUUUCUAUAGGGUCAUAGAUGAGAGCAAAGCUACUACCGUCUUAGCGUCUCGAGGCGCUGAACUAAUCGAGGAACUCCGUCAAAAGCAAAUGCAAAUACAGGAAGAACAGGAAAUCAAAAUAUUGGAAAAGAUUAAAGUGAAAAUGGAAAGGAUAAAGGCUAAUCAGAAAAAAAUACAGGGUGCUAUGAUGAAACCCCAUCAUCAUGACGCCGAGGAGGAGGAGGAGACUCAGCCGUCGGAACAAGUGCCGCUCGUGCGAGGCGACUCGGAUGUUUCCCAACGCGGCUACCACACCCCCGACUCCCCCGCGUCCCCCCGCGGUUUCCAUACCCCUCUCUCAGAGCCCUCCGCCCCACCCUCUCCUGUAAGGACCUCUCCCCCUGCGUCCGUGUUGCCCGCCCUCCCACCUCCUUCGCAAGGUCCCCCGUCCCCUUCCUCAGCGCUUAUGACUGUAUCCCUCGAUGCGUACUUGGAGCCCCGGCGCAUAUCAUUUGAGUCGCCUUCUUCGUCUGCGCGCGCGCAGAGUCCAGAAGAAUCGUAUCCGGUAUUUUCUCCGCCGCCGAUACGACGAAGUCCCGUGGUUAGGCGACGAGACUACACGAAGAGGCACGAAGCUGGCGACACGCCGUAUGUUCCGUACAAGCAGCCCUCGAGCCAUCAGAAGGCGGUGCGAUCCGGAGACUACUACAUGUUUGACGAGUUUGAUGACACUGACGUCCAUCUCAAAGACGAGGAAUCCAGUUCUGAUGAAGACGCACCUAGGGAAAUGGGCUUCGGCAAGGUAAGUUUCCCAGAAGCAUUAAGAGAGGUGCAAUGACGCAUUUACUGGACCCUGUUUAAGAAUUAUGUAUGUUUAAAAAUAGGUUAUAUAGGUUUUGUUGUGCAACAUAAUAAACUAAUAAUUUUUAAAUCCAGAGAUAUGGGUGCGCUGCUGUCUACUGCGAUCAAGACGGACCUGAAUCGUGCCGUGUCGAUGCGACGGGCGUCCGCGCCCGCAAUACGCUCGCCGCGACAUCUAUCGCUGUCUAGCUACCCGCACUCCUAUCCGCACGAGACGGAACGUAGAAGAUCCCAAGCAGACAUCACUCAGGUUGGUGACGUUGCCUUGUCUGAGAAGGAUGAAGAUGCGCCCGUGUCCGAACUAGAUGACAUUGCGCCGUUACCUGAUCAAGAGACAUUGGUCGACAAGAUAAAACGUUACUUGGAUAUAGCGUGGGCGUUGAUAUCCAGUCUUCUAGUGUCGAUGACGCGACAUCUUAUGAAGUACUCGCGCGAUUACCGCUACGUCUCACGUACUCUUUCUGUAGAGAAGAAAAUACUCAAGGAGAGAGAAGGUUUCGGCAUUGGUCUAAGAGAAGGCUCACAAAUGAUAUGGGAACCGCUGCCAGAAACGCUUGUUCAUCGCCGUAAAUUAAGCGAAAUAAGUGUGCCGGAGAUUCGUAUCCUGGCGCCGAGUAUGGAACGCGGUCUGGACGCGACGCCGCCGCCGCGGCCGCCGAGUGAAUCCUCGCUGCAGACCCCUAUGCGGCAGGAGGACGACGAUACUUCAGAACAUGAGAGCGCUUUUAAUACAUUGCUGUGCUCUGUGAGCAAGGACGUGACGAUCUUGGAAGAGCAAGACGACUCUAUGUUCAGACAGGACAAAUCGCCGUUCGUACAUCUGGCGUAUGCACUUUGGUACGCAGUACUUGCGCACACUGACAUCGUUUGCUAUCUCAUGGUUUUCAUCAAUCAGAUACAAUCGGCGACUAUUCUUUCGAUACCGCUACCUCUUAUGGUGUUCUUAUGGGGAACUCUCACAAUACCACGACCCACAAAAACUUUCUGGGUCACACUCAUUGCUUACACAGAGGUUAUAGUGCUAAUAAAGAGUAUGUUCCAAUUUGAGAUUUUGCCUUGGAAUCAGAAAGCCAUACCAGCGAAUAUGCCAUUCACGGCUCCUCGAAUCAUCGGUAUUGAGAGGAAACGCAACUACGCUCUUUACGAUUUGUUGUUUAUGCUGAAAUCGCUAGGCCUGUGGAAGGAAUCAUCGCCAGAGGUGGAGCUCCACGAAGACAUGGAGUAUCCUCUGAGCCCUGAAGAUACACAGUUGGUGAUCGAAGGUCGCACGGAGGAGGUUGGCCGUAAAUAUAUCCAGCUUCACGAUCGGACCGGACCGUUCAAUGACGACCAGGAGCCUAUAAUUGCUGUGACGACAACAUUAGAACACACAUAUAAUCACUUUCCUCAAGUCAUUAUGCUAUCUGUGAAGCGGUAUUUGCGUCCGAUGCAGCGGUUCUUCAAGCGCAUGCUCGCUCCGGGAGCGCGCGUCACCGCUGACGUGUACGCGUACAUGUUCCUCUGCGACUUCGUCAACUUUCUAGUUGUCAUUUUCGGCUUCGCUGCUUUUGGGACGCACCAAGGCGACGGCGGAGUACAAGCUUAUUUGGAAGAGAACAAAGUGCCGAUACCGUUUCUGAUCAUGUUGAUACUUCAGUUCGGACUGAUAGUGAUAGACCGAGCUCUAUACUUACGUAAAUUCAUGCUCGGCAAGAUCUUGUUUCAAUACGCCCUCAUCAUUGGAGUGCAUAUAUGGAUGUUCUUUGUACUACCGUUCAUUACUGAGAGGACGUUUAAUACGCUACCUCCGCCGCCGAUGUGGUAUAUGGUGAAGUGUAUAUACCUGCUGCUAUCCGCGCACCAGAUACGGUGCGGUUACCCUAGACGUAUAAUCGGCAACUUCCUCUGCAAGUCCUAUCGUUUCCUCAACAUGAUAUGCUUCAGAGGUUUCAUGGCGGUUCCAUUCCUCUUCGAACUGCGCACCCUCAUGGACUGGAUAUGGACUGACACCUCGAUGACACUCAUGGACUGGCUGAAAAUGGAAGAUAUAUUCGCAAGCGUUUUCUUACUAAAGUGUUCCCGUUACGUAGAAGACGAGUUUCCUCAGCCGCGUGGCGUAAAGAAAUCUAGUACAAGCAAAUAUCUACUAGGAGGCGGAGUCCUGGCGUUUGUUAUAGCCAUCAUAUGGUUCCCGCUGGUGUUCUUCGCGUUCGGAAAUACUGUUGGCGAGCCUAACCCUCCCACUGAUGUUACCGUGAAAAUUCGCAUCGGACCUUUCCUUCCCGUCUAUCAGAUGUCAGCACAAUCACACAAUAUUGACCUGUUUGACGAGCAAGAUUACACCCAGUUGAGUAAUAUAUACGCUCGUGAUCGCACCGCUCAGACAUUCCUAUCGAACUACGUAUACAAUGAUGUCGCUGUCAUAACAAUCAAUCCCAACUCUACUAUGAACUGGGAGAUAUCACCCCCAGAACUAGACAGACUCGAGAGAGAGGCAGUUUCUGAGGAACCUUUAAUGGUGAAGUUCACGUACGUUAUAACGCACCCUACAAACGCGGUACCAAACCCACCGACUAUAGAAGAUUUCCGGGAAGUGUCCCUGGAGGCAAAGAUAGACGGGAAACCGAAUCCGGAGAGAGAGACGUUGCUCAAACUACUUGCUGGCACCGCGCCGCCGGACACAUGGUAUAUGUUCUUAUUUUUUUAAGGUUCCGUUAUUUAAAAAUUUCUCACAACGCAUUGUGAUCACAAAAAAAUAUCCACAUAGCGAAAUUCGUGUUAUGGCUCUAAUUAAAAGGCUUACGACCUUUGAAGGCGCAACGUGUUGGGGGAUAAAGAAAAGCCACGACGCGACGCAAAUUUUGGUCACGAGCAUCUUCGUUAAACCAAAAUUUUAUUAUAUUUUGAUAUGCAAAUGUACAUAAUACUUGAGCUAAUUGCCUAAUUUUAGCUUUAAUGCAUAUUACCUAAGCCAUUUCUUGUCAAAUUGAAGAACAAAAAUACCUAUCUGAUAUAUUUAUAUUAUCUGACUGACGGCAUAAAUAGAAAUCUUUUUUUUUUUACUCAUGUAUGAUCCCUAUUAGCCCACCCCCCUCUAUUCAUAAUAUAUUUGUUAUCCUUUUACAGGUUGAACGUACCUAUGCUGUUCCCAAAGUUUCUGAAAGUUUUCAAUAAAGGUACAGCAAAACCUGCGUACCAGUUAAUGCCUCAGCUGAUACCUGAUGGUGGCCCAGACAGUAGGUUGUAUCGCGACGUGCAACUGCGAUUGGAAAGGGACGGCGAUACCAAAUAUUGGCGUGUGCGAGAGUCAUGCUCGCCAAAGGUAAGCGACAGCUACGUCAGGUAGGCAAUUGUAAUAACAAUCGGCCUAAUUUCUGCAAUCGAUUGUGAGCCUUAAUAUGUUGUCAGUUAAGUUCAAAAUUGAUUGCACAAUAUAUGGCCUUUGGUAGAGGAAAGUCAGGACUUUCUUACACUUUGCACAUUUUUUUUUAAGUUUCUCUAA